UGAACCGCAUAAUCAUGAAGAAGAAGAAGAAGAGAGUAGGCGGAUUCGUUUCUCGGUAUUGUAUUUACCUUUACAAACGAAGUCAUGGCGGCUUCCAUUGAGAGUUUACUGGAAGAAAUCUCUGGUGUUGAAGAUCCAAUUGAAGAGCUGCAGAGUUUAAAAACUGCUUUAUUGUCGUUACCUCUCAGCGCCUUGAGAGACUCAGUGAGCGGACAGCGUUUCAAUGUGAUCUUCUCUCUGUUACACUCAAAUGACAGGGAGCAGGUUGAGCUGUGUGUGGCCAUCCUUGAACGCAUCUUAAUGGCCCUUAGCCCUGUGGCACUGGCCCAGAACUACAGAGUGGAGCUGCAAGGGGGUCUGACUCAUCCCAAUGACACUGUUAAGAUACUGGCCUUGACGCAGAUUGGUAGAAUGGCGGAGCACCCCGACGCUGCCACUGAAAUCCUCAACAACAACGGCAUUCUCGGAGCAGUCAUCCAUUCCAUCGGAGAAGACAAGUUGGCCGUGGCAAAGCAGGCCAUCCAGUCCCUGUCUAAACUGAGUCACUCCAAGCCUGGCUUAGACAAAUUGUUCCAGAGCGACCUGCUGAAAGUUAUAAAGGAUGUAAUGGGUAUAAGUGAUAUUGUCAGAUACAGAAUGUAUGAGCUGGUGGUGGAAAUCUCGUCUGUAUCGCCCAUUUCUUUCGGUUACUGUGCCAACAGCAGCUUAAUUUCUCAGCUGCUUGGAGAACUGACAGGGGAUGAUGUGUUGAUCAGGGCCACAGCCAUUGAGAUGGUGACCACCCUAGCCCACAGUCAGCAUGGCCGGCAGUAUUUGGCCCAGCAGGGUAUAAUGGACAAGAUCUCCAACAUGAUCACAAGAGCAGAGACUGACCCUUUCUCCUCCCUCUACCUUCCUGGUUUGGUGAAGUUCUUUGGAAAUCUGGCCAUUAUGGACAGCCCUCAGCAGGUUUGUGAAACCUAUCCGGCCUUCCAGAACAAGGUGUUUGAGAUGGUUUUGGACCCGGACCCCGCAAUGAUCGGUGUGGCUCUGGACACUUUGGGAAUACUUGGAGCUACUGUGGAGGGGAAGCAGGUCCUUCAGAAAACAGGAGAAAAAUUCAAGGCUGUACUGUUAAGAAUGAGCCAGCUUGCUAGUUCUGGAGCUACAGAGCUUAGAGUGCGCAGCUUGGACGCCAUAUCGGAUCUUCUUACUCUACAGCCAGAGCAGCAGACAGAAGACCUCUUGGCCCUGACAGAGUCCUGGUUCCACCUUUUGUCUAACCAACCAAUGGACAUGAUCCGCAACAUCAGCACUCAGCCGUUCCCAGAGCUGCAUUGUGCGGCUCUGAGGAUAUUCAGUGCCAUUGCCACUCAGCUGUGGGGUCAGAAGUUAAUGAUCAGCACUCCCAGUUUCAUGGAGUUUGUUUUGGAUCGUUCAGCGGGUCAGACAAAGGAGGCCAAAGAUGCUAAAUUUGAACUUGUGGGGUCACUUGUGGGUUCAUCAACAGCAGCAGAGAUACUGGGCAGCCAGCACUACAUCCGUCUGAAGACUUAUCUCAGAGAGGGACCCUACUAUGUUACAGCUGUGACCUCAGUCAGCACAGAAGGAGCAGACUGAUUCCGACCACAGAUACACUUUGUUUAUGGGUUUCUAAUUUCUGAAGUAAUGGGUAAGAGCCUGAAUAAUCCAACCGUGGGUUAACAUAUACUGCCAUAAUAAACUCAUUCUCUGAUAAAUACAUAAAGGGUUCUAACAAAUUAGAGCAUGGUGCUCAGUUGAUGAAAACUUCCAAGUUGUUCAACAAAAAAUGACAAAAUGUUCCACAGUAUACAUCUCAACUGCAUCAAGA